CGCCUCAACUUCAAGCAAGCUGCCUCUCCAACUACAGAGCCGCCGCCGGCCACGCCCGUCACUCCAAGGUCGCCGCCGCUCUCCUUUUAGGGAAAACUUGUUUAUAUGCACUGAACUUGCGACCCUGAAGUCAUUUGGUGAUUUGCUAAUUAGCGGAGAUGGUUGAGAGAAAGAGAAAAUCCAGAGACGAGACGAGGCAGGGUAGGGAGAAGGGCAACAGUAAGCCGAGAAAAAUGUCGAGCAAUAAGAAGGGUGGCAAGGAGAAAGGUAAGAGGACUGGUCCUCGGUUGCCCAACGCGCUCAUGAAACAGUUGGAUCGAAUAAACCCUAGGAGCCGGUUUGAUGACGAUGACGACGUUAGCUCCGAUGGAGGGAAAGACCUGUAUGAGUACGAGGAGGAGGUGGCUGAAGAGGAAGCGGGGAAGAACCGCCGUUUCGAUGCUAUUAAAAACUUUGACUAUGAGUUGCCGGAGGAUUUCGUGGAUGAGAAUGUACAAUCAGAUGAUGAUGAUGAUGAUAACAGUGCCAGCAGCGAGGAUGAAGAUCAUAAUGAUGGAAAGCAAAGUUCAGGAGCUGCCGAUGAUGAAAAGCAUUUGAGGAUGCUGCAAGAAAUCACUCAGAUGCCAAGUGAAGUUUUUGAAGGCAGGCGGAAAAAGAAUGAAAUUGUUGUAUCAGAGCCUUAUCCAGAAUCGGAGUACAAUCCCAGCAGUGAUGUUCUAGACGGCGUUGGACGUGUUACUAUUGGUGAUCUUCUGGGGAGUCUUCAGCAAAAUCCUGCUUAUAGCAAACUCAGGAAAGAAAUGCGUCAUGUGGAGGCAAAGAGUAUGCCCCUUGCAGCUCCACUUUCCAAGGAAGCAAUAGACAAGGUGGAGAGGCAAAAAGCAUAUGAAAUAUCCAAGAAAGAUAUCACUAAAUGGGAACCUUUGAUUAAGAGGAACAGGGAAGCCCCUUCUGUUAUUUUCGACAAAGAUAUUGAUGUGGGGUUUUCAACGGUUGGAGCCAUAGCAUCAGAGUUUGAGCCUAGAACUGAGUUUGAGAAGAAAAUGGCUUCAUUAGUUUCUGAUGAUAAGGUUAUGGAAGCUCACAACGAAGAUGGUGCCAAGCUUCUCGAACUGAAUAAGAUAUCUUCGGAGGAUUAUAAAAACAGUCGGGAUCACAUUGCUAAAAUGCGAACCCUUCUCUUCCGACAUGAAGUGAAGAUGAAACGCUUAAAAAAGAUAAAGUCUAAGACACAUCGCCGGAUGUUGAAGAAAGAUAGAAUGAAGGGAGCAUCUGGUGAAAUGCAGAUGGAUUCUGAAGCGGCUAAAGAAUUGGCGAUAAAGCAAGAGUUCAAGCGAGCUGAGGAACGCUUGACCUUAAGGCACAAAAACAAGUCAAAAUGGGCAAAACGUGUAUUGGAGCGUGGUCUGAAUGCUCAAGAUGAGGGCACCCGAGCAGCCAUUACAGAACAACUCAGUCAGCAUGCUCGUUUGACUAGAAAAAUGAAUUCUAUGAAUGACAGUAGCAACAGUGAUAACAGCAGCGACGAGGAAUAUGAUGAAGAUUCUGAUGUUUCAGAACGAGAUAGAGCUUCUAAGGUGUUGAUGAAAGCAAAAGAAAAGACGCAAAGUAUAUUAGAGGAAGAAGAUGAAGUGCCUACAUCAGGAGUUCUUUCUCUGCCUUUUAUGGCACGAGGAUUGAAAAAACGGAAGGAUGAGGCUAAUGAGGAAGCUAAACUUGCGCUUCAAGAGUAUGAAGCCGCACUGGGUCAAAAACAUGACUCAGCUGAUACAAAAACAGCUGCGGGAAAUGGAAGAAGGGUAUUUGGAGGACCAACACAGAAGGUUGCUUUACCAACUAAGAAGAAGAAUUUGAAUGAUAACUCCACCAACAGUGACAGUGACAGUGAGGCCGAGUUUGAACCUGAAGAAAAUAUUGUUGAUGAAAGAAGUGAUGGGAGGCAGAAGGAUGUUCGUGUCAGCUAUUCCUUGCUUAAUGAAGGCUCUGAGUCUAAUCAGGAACCUCCAUUCGCGGUUUGUUUAUGUUUGCUUUGCUUAUCUUUCGUAGUCCUGAUUCCAUGUGUUUUACAGGAUUCUGGGAAGAUGGCUGUGGAUGCUGGCCCAAAGACAGCAUACAAAGUUGCGAUUUUCGCAUCAAACACAUGGAGAAAAAUGAGCGAGAAGAGUGAAGUGGAAGCCGGUACCAAAAGGGCUCCAACCGAUGUUCAGUCUGCUGUGGAGAAUAAACAUCCAGAGGAAACCGGCGAGGAAAGUGAUAGUGAUGAUGAAGCACAGAUGAUUGAUGGGAACUUGUCAUCAGGCCGUAGAGCAGCAUAUGAGCUGCCUUCUCAAGCAGAGCUUAUCCAUGAAGCUUUUGCUGGAGAUGAUGUGGAAGAGGAGUUUGCCAAAUAUAAGGAUGAAGCGUUAAGUAAAGAAAAUCCCGAGCCAGAAAAGCCUGUUCUACUUCCUGGUUGGGGCCAAUGGACUAAUGUACAGAAAAGGAAAGGCUUGCCUUCGUGGAUGGAGGAAGAGCAUAAACUAGCUCAGCGAAAGAGAGACGAGGCUGUUAAGAAAAGGAAGGAUGCACAUCUCAAGCAUGUGAUUAUAUCCGAGAAGUUGGAUAAAAAGGCUGAGAAACUACACACAAAGUCAUUGCCUUUCCCUUUCACGUCCAAGGAAGUGUUCGAACAAAGCAUCCGCAUGCCAAUUGGACCUGAGUUCAAUCCUGCAACAACCGUUGGAGCUCUUAACCGACCUGAGGUGUUGAAGAGACCUGGAGUGAUCAUCAAGCCGAUCAACUACGAGGAUGUCGACCCACAUGAGAAGGUGGUGCAGCAUAAGCAAGGGGGUGACAAGAAGCAGCAAAAGCGAAAACAACCACCAAAGUCGAAAACCGAGGGUAAGCGGCAUAGAAUGAAGCCGGUGAUGGUGAAAUCUUGAGAAAUGGAGCAAUUCGUAUUCGGUUUUCUGUUUCAUCCAGUUUUGGUAGAAUCCCCUUGUACGUGCAAUUUUUACCAGGGCAGAGUCAUAUGUGUCAAGAUGUAUUAGAAUGACAGUGUACUGAAUUUAUUUGCAGUAUAUGUUCUCUUUUCUAUGUUAUUCGGCGAUUAUGCUCUCCUUUCAGCAAAUCUCGUCAGUUUUGUCAUGGUGGGAGUUGGUCACUGACUUCUAUCAGUGGCACGAAACUACUCCUUUGUGUUUUCCUAUUCUCAGUCCUAAGGACAAGUUGCAUGAGUCCCCAUUUAUUCAUGAUGACAA